ACGUACAAUGUGUACACUGUUGUAUUUAGUUACGUAAUUAUGCACACACGUCGUUAAAGAUUCGGCUUACUUUGUUCAUGUUGUUUGGUGGAUUACUGAAUCUGCGACUUCGUGAAAGAAUUGAAAGAUGGCUGGUUUGACUUCAGAUUAACUAGGACACCCAGCAAGGUAUUGGAUUCAAGUGCGCGUUGGCGACAAAAACACAUUUUAGUUUGAUAAAAAAUGUAAUCUUCCCUGAUAAUCAGAGAGAGCAAUGGACCAGGUGGUGAAGUUUGUUCAGCUCUCACAGUCCAUACAGCGUUAUAAAGAUGUUGAUAUCUGUUAUAAUAUCACAAUACGGAGAUCUUCUGAAAGGAGUCGACAUUCCAGGUAUUCCAUGAUGCACUCAUUCUGCGUUCUCACCGUCUUGCUGUCGGCACUUAUGCCGUGUCUAUCGGCCUGGGCACCACUCUACCGUACCGCCGACAAAGCACCAAACAGCUACAUUAUAGUGCUAAAGGAAGGGGUUGACGUAGAUGAAAUAACCUCCUCUUUUGUUACCACGGCAACUGCAUCCGGCCUAUCUUUUGAUGUUACCCACAAGUAUAGAUCCAUCUUAAAUGGAUUCUCUGUGACUCUGCGUAACGAGGAACUCCUAUCAUUGAUUCGCUCGCACGAAUCUGUUCGAUAUGUGGAGGAGGAUGGCAUGGCGUACAUUGACGAGGCAACUUGGGGUUUGGAUCGAAUCGAUCAGCGGAAUUUACCUUUGGACGAUUCUUACAUCCCUUUUGCAAAUGGAGAAGGGGCACAUGUGUAUAUUAUAGAUACCGGACUCAUGACCACUCACACCGAGUUUGAGGACAGGGGGACAUUUGCUUAUGACGCAACAAAUAGAGAGAUCGGCACUGGGACGGACUGUAAUGGCCAUGGGACCCACUGCGCUGGGACAGCAGCAGGAAAAGACUACGGUGUAGCACCAAAAGCCAUGGUCUAUGGUGUCAGGGUUCUAGGAUGCCAGGGAUCUGGAGCUUGGUCUGGAAUCAUUGAUGGAAUGGAUUGGGUAGCGAGUAAUGGUAACCGACCUGCUGUAGCCUCCAUGUCUCUCAGCGGUCCUGCGGAUGGGACUGCUGUUGAUGAAGCUGUAGCCAAUAUGGUGGCUGCAGGUGUUACGUUGACCGUCUCAGCUGGGAACAACAACUAUGAUGCUUGUCAGCGCAUGCCAACUAGAGCACCGGAGGCUAUCACAGUUGGAGCCACCGAGAAAGACGACGCGAGGGCGUCGUUUUCCAACUACGGCGGAUGCGUCAAUAUCUUCGCCCCUGGACGAUCCGUCGUUAGUGCGGGCAUCGGUUCAGAUACCGAGUAUACCUCCAAGAGUGGAACCAGUAUGUCAACGCCUCAUGUCGCAGGUGCAGCUGCUUUGUAUCUUGGCGAGAACCCAUCCCUGACACCGCUCCAAGUCCGCAGCGUACUAUCCAAUGGAGCAACUAAAGACUGUGUCUCUGACCCGAUGGGCUCACCCAAUUUACUCCUCUACGUGCCAAACCAGUAAAACGUGAACGGUCUUAUGCGCAUACUAAGAAAUUUGUUAACCCUAAAUUAAACACUUGUACCAACCUAUUUGAGUGUAAUCUUGCACCUAGUAGCAAAAGGUGCAAAAAUCCACAUUUUCUUUAUCAUUAUUUGCACCAAGAAAUGCUCGUUUCCACCCUGACAAGCUGCAAAUUUUAACCUUUUAAGGUGCAUGAUACUUGACAUUAAUAAAGGUUCAAAUUUGAACCUUAAUUACAUGGUUAAUUUCUGCACCCUAUAGGGUGCUUAAUAAAGCUAAUUGAACCCUAAAAGGUGCACAAAUGAGCAUAAUUGUCCUCAUUAGCACUCCUUGGGCUGAUGCUAUUGUACCAACACCUCCCGUUCAAAUUUGAAACCCUAUUUCUUAGUGUGUGUGUGGGGGGGGGGGGGUGAGGAAGAGGUACUGAUGUUGGUGGAGAGGGGUAAAGGUCCAUAAUUACAGGGAAAGUUCAAUAAACAUCUUAUAGAUUUAACAAGUUUUAUUGAGUUUGAUCUUACUGAGGUUGAAUAUUAAUUUGUAAUUUGUUUGGAUGAUGAAACAUUUGAACUGGACAUAGGGUUAAUAUAUAGGUCCUUCAAGCUUUACUCUAUAGAUCAAUUAAAUUCAAAUUUGGGUUUAAUGACUACCUUUAACAGAAAAAAAGAUGUUGGCAUUUCCGAAGAAAGGACCUGUGCUAAUUAAAUUGAUUUUGAACAGAAUGUCAAGUAUUAGAAAUGUUAUUGCAAAUUAAGCCUAGAUGCAUGAUAAUAUUAUUAGAAGUUGUAAACCCGAUUAUUUAAUGUAAGAUACAAGUGCAAUCAAAUUCUCCUGUGCAAUACAUGAUGGCAAAUUAACAUAUAAAGUCAUAUUUUUAUCAAUUAUAAAUUCAUAUAAAGCAAUAUACCGAAGUAAAAAAAUAUAGUGGUAAUUGUUAUUUACAUGAAUAUGAAUUGUUUGUACUAAAGCUGAACUAAAGUUCUAAUACACGUGUCUAUGUCAAACGCAGCUAACUUGUAACUUGAGGUUACGAAAAAAAAUAAAAAUGAAAACGACAAAGAAAGGGGGGGGGGUGAGGAAAGUUUGUAAAAAUGUUUUCACAUCAAGACGUGUUAGCCGGUGUAUGUCGACGUACAUUUCAUAUGGCAAGCAGUCUUCAUCCCCAUUUUCGUGAUAUCAAUUUUCCUUUUCGUUUUAUACAACAACAUACAAAUUAUUUAUUUGAAUAAAAACAUUUCUAAUGUCUAUCAAAGAUAA